UCUUAGCGCAAUCUUGAAAUAAUAAGUUUGUUUACAUAUAGCGGUAGGUAUUGAAACGAAUAAAUAUGAGAUGAUGCGUUGAUUUUUGAACCAAAAAUCUAAUUAUGUUUUGAUUUCAGCCAUGGAGAACGAAUUGUCGAACGUGCCGAAUCGCCGGAAUUAUGAAAAAUUGCUCUUUGAGAACUGACCUGGCUGUACCACGGAAUGUUGUGUUUCUUAUUAGUCCGCAUACACUAAUAAUGAUUUGGAAUCCUGGAAUCUAGGUUAUACGGUUUUGGUCUUCUUCCAACAGGAUAUAUUUCAUCUGAUCCGGAAAAUCAACUAUUCCUUAUGGCCCUGUUUUCCUGCACCAUUUUUGCUGCAACCUCUACCCCAACUGCUACAAUGGAAGCUAUUGCUGUUGCCGCUGCGAUAAAAAAAAGUUUCUUAUUUUUACAGUAACGUUUAUGUGUAUUUUAAUAUUUUAUAUUACAGCUCUUUCGAGGUUGAGGACUGAUAAUGGAAGAAAACUGCUGCAUCUUCCGGGCCAUCAACAUAAUAACGGGGUCAUGGGGAUGGUGAAUGAUAAGUAAUAGAGUCGAGAUUGAUAGUUUUUUAUUAUUGAUUUGCUUCCAGAACGUUGAGCAAAGCCUUCGGCUAAUUGCCGAGGUGGAACGACGGCCUGCUUUAUGGCAAAAGCGGUCGGAGUUUUACAAAAACGGAAUUCGGCGUAGGGAUGCGUGGACCGAGAUUGGUAGAAUCUUGGAACUUACCGUCGAAGAGGCCAGUUACCAGUGGAGGAAGCUGCUGACCAGCUACCGGACGUAUAAGUCCAAGCUGCGUAAAAGUCAGCAAAGCGGAGCAGCGGCUGAGGACGUUUUUCGGCCAAGAUGGUUCGCCUUCGACGCGAUGAAGUUCCUUGACGAUACCAUGAAGGACGGCACGCAUCUCGAUACGUUCGAUGACGACCUAGAACAACACACCUCCACCCAAACCCACCCAAUCCCUUCUUGUUCCUAUUCCUCAAUUCCGCCGCAACCAACAAUCCCAGCACCAACCCCAGCACCAAUCCCAGCACCAACCCCAGCACCAAUCCCAGCACCAACCCCAGCACCAACCCCACCACUAAUCCCAGCACCAACCCCAGCACCAAUCCCAGCACCAAUCCCAGCACCAACCCCAGCACCAACCCCAGCACCAAUCCCAGCACCAACCCCAGCACCAACCCUAACACCUACCCCAGCACCAACAACAGCGGGGAACUAUUAUACAAUAUUUGGCCAGUGAGUGGGGGCAUGGUUGAACCAUCUACCACCAGAACAGCAAAAUGAUGCCACGAACCAUUUGCGGCAGACAAUGCUAGAGUGGGAUCUAAAACACAAGAAAAAAUAAAAUAAAAAUUAUAAAAACCAUUCCUUUACAUAGCUCCGCAAAUGUUUAUUUAAACAUGCACACACAUCCUUCACAAUUUUGGCAAUCGACGAUUUAGAAACCUAAAAUUAUACAAUACUCAUUAUAAUCCGAACAUGUCAUUUUAAUUUGUUCAACAUUCGGCUCUUGCAUGGUUUUCGAUUGCUGACUUCUCUUCACUUGCUUUUGUCCGAAAAAGUUUUAUCAGUCCUGCGUACGGGGAGACGGUUUGAAUGAGAUUCGAUGCUGCCACGGUGCUGCCAUGGAAAAGACUGACGCAACUACCGUCUCCAAUCGGACCGCCGAAACAAGAAA